GUAAAUAUGGGGUGACAAAAAGUUUGCUUGGUGAGAUAACCAAUUCUACUAAUAAAACAAGAGCUUUUUCCAUGUUUGGCUUGGCUUGGGGUAUUGGCUAUAUAAGACCAACCAUUGAUGGAUAUUUGUCGCAUCCUGCUGAUCAUUUUUCGAGUAUUUUUGAUAAUGCUUUUUGGAGAUAUUAUCCCUAUUUGCUGCUGUGUCUUGUUGCGUCAUUAGUUUCAUUUAUAGGACUUGUUUGUGAAUAUUUCAUGUUACCUGAAACACGUAAUAUCGUUCAAAAAUCUGAAUACAAGCCUGAGAGUGAACUGUUACUUUAUACAAAACAUAAUAAUUGCUCGAAUGAUGUUGGAUCUUAUGGAAUUAGUUCUCUUAAUGAUAACAGAGAAACGCACAUUACUAAUAAUAAUUCAACAUUAAGCACAGAUAACUGGAAAUUUCAUCUUUUACACAAUAUAUCUUCUGCUAUCCCACCUCUCAUCUCCUAUGAAAUGUUAGCUCUUUCCAUAAUAUAUAAUGAAGUAUACAUCAUAUAUACAGUGACUCGAGUUUCCAAUAAUGGUCUUGGCUAUCGAUCUCAAGAUCUUGCACUCAGUUUGGCGAUUAUGGAUUUCGUGACAUUAUUUUGUCAUUUUAUAAUUUUACCAUCGCUAAAUAAAAGAGUUGAUACAAAGUGA